CGACGCCCCAAACUUAACCAGCAGCGGUAGAGCUCCUUCUUCUACCCGUAGCUCGUACGUGGCAUCUCCAUCUCACCAACAAUCUUGUUUAGACAGGCAGUGUAAAAGUGACAGCAACAAUGACCGUCGUCGCCGCCGCCGCCGCCGCGCAGGAGCUGCCCGGGCACGGGCAGACCGUGUGCGUCACCGGCGCCGCCGGGUACAUCGCGUCGUGGCUCGUCAAGCUGCUCCUGGAGCGGGGCUACACCGUCAAGGGCACCGUGAGGAACCCAGAUGAUCCGAAGAACGCGCAUCUGAGGGCGCUGGACGGCGCCGCCGAGAGGCUGGUCCUCUGCAAGGCCGACCUCCUCGACUACGACGCCAUCUGCGCCGCCGUCGAGGGCUGCCACGGCGUGUUCCACACCGCCUCCCCCGUCACCGACGACCCCGAGCAGAUGGUGGAGCCGGCGGUGAGGGGCACGGAGUACGUGAUCAACGCGGCGGCGGACGCCGGCACCGUGCGCCGGGUGGUGUUCACGUCCUCCAUCGGCGCCGUCACCAUGGACCCCAACCGCGGUCCCGACGUGGUCGUCGACGAGUCCUGCUGGAGCGACCUUGAAUUCUGCAAGAAAACCAAGAACUGGUACUGCUACGGCAAGGCGGUGGCGGAGCAGGCGGCGUGGGAGAAGGCCGCGGCGCGCGGGGUCGACCUCGUCGUGGUGAACCCAGUGCUGGUGGUGGGGCCGCUGCUGCAGCCGACGGUGAACGCCAGCGCCGCGCACAUCCUCAAGUACCUCGACGGCUCCGCCAAGAAGUACGCCAACGCGGUGCAGGCGUACGUGGACGUGCGCGACGUCGCCGCCGCGCACGUCCGGGUCUUCGAGGCGCCCGGGGCCUCCGGCCGCCACCUCUGCGCCGAGCGCGUCCUGCACCGCGAGGACGUUGUCCACAUCCUCGGCAAGCUCUUCCCCGAGUACCCCGUCCCAACAAGGUGCUCUGACGAGGUGAACCCACGGAAGCAGCCUUACAAGAUGUCCAACCAGAAGCUGCAGGACCUUGGCCUCCAGUUCACCCCUGUCAACGACUCCCUGUACGAGACGGUGAAGAGCCUCCAGGAGAAGGGGCACCUCCCGGCGCCGAGGAAAGAUAUCAUCCUCCCAGCAGAGCUGGACGGUGCAACGGCGUGAUGGUGCUGAAGAAACAGCGCGGUUCACGUUUUUCUGUAACGCGGUGGGACAUCAUAUGUGGUCUGCUUGUGUAUACAUCCUAUCUAAUAUCGUGUUAUUUAUGUGGACUAAGCAAACAUGGUAAUGUAUCGGCUUCGAUGAUCAACACUUAAAAGUGAGCUUUCGCAAACUAUUCCUUGGGUUUGCUGCCA